GAGAGGUGGUGAAAUAGUCCAACAGGUAUUUCUCUCCUAAUUGGUUUGCACUCUUGAUAAAUGUUUGAUUUCUUGGUGAACUUUAAUCUUUAGAUGCUAUUGUCCAUACUUGUAGCUUAUGUACUAAUUUCAUGUUAAAAAAUGUCUGUAGCUCUACAGUGAUUUAGUAAAACAGUGUAACAUUUUUUUCUGAAAAAUGGAAAACUACACCUUCAACAGUGUGACGCUCCAGCUGGAGGGCCUAAAUUUUACAAGGGAUUUAGUGUAUGUUAUCUUUUUCUUGGUCUUAACAUUUUAUAUUUUUACUAUGACUCUGAACUUGGGUUUUUUGAUUCUCAUCGUUAUUGACAAGAACCUCCAUCAGCCCAUGUAUCUUUUAUUUUGCAACCUGACAGUCAGUGAUAUCAUUGGAGGUACUGAAAUCUUUCCUCGCAUACUGUCGGAUAUUCUGAAGCCUCCCUCUGAGCGUCUCAUCAGUUACUAUGAGUGCGUGGUUCAGGCUUUUAUUACUCAGUGGUUCGGCGCCACGUCCCACACGGUGCUCAUGGCCAUGGCCUUUGACCGGUAUGUGGCCAUCUGUAAUCCUCUGCGUUACUCUGCAAUAAUGAGCAACAGAAUGGUGCUGAAGCUGACCGUCUCUGCCUGGGGGGUGCCUUUCAUUUUUGUUGUGGUUCUGAUUGGACUCUCCGUACGUCUGAACCGAUGCAGGACUCUCGUCACAAACCCUUUCUGUGACAACGCCUCAUUGUUUAAGCUCUCCUGUGACAGUGUUGUCAUCAAUAAUAUUUAUGGGCUCUUUUACACCGUGCUGUUGCUAGUAGCGUCUGUCGGCUGCAUUGUUCUGACCUACGGGAAGAUUGCUAUGGUUUGUCUGACCAGUAAAAACAAAUCACUCAACAGAAAAGCCUUACAAACCUGCAGCACUCACUUGGUUGUCUAUCUCAUCAUGUCAUUCAGUGGAUUUACUGGUAUUGCUCUGCAUCGCUUCCCUCAGUACUCAGAUUACAGGAAAAUAUCUAUUCUGCUGUUUUUUAUUGUACCUGGCAGCCUCAACACCAUCAUCUAUGGAGUGCAAUCCAAAGAAAUACGAAAAUUCUUACUUAACAUGUUUAAAUCAAAUAAAGUUUUGCCUUUAAAAAACAGAAAAUAGUCAAAAAGAUUUGUGUUCUUUGCUUGAAUGUGUCAAAGAAAACUUGAGAACCAAACUGUAGAAUGUAUAGUUUUUUACAGUGUAGUUUUUAAAAUCCACCAUCUGAAACAUUGAGGUCUGAUACUGUGAGAAAUAAAGUGGGCCUUAUGUUGAUGAAA